AUGAAGCGCAAGAAUCACACCAUUGCCAAACGUCGCUCGACGCCGAGUCUUAGUAUCGCGACCCGCCAGAACGGGUACGGGAGUGCAGAUAUGAAUUCCAAUAUCGAAAUGCGCAAGCGGGACAAUUCGGCUGAGUCCUCGUCCAGCCGGGCGAAUCGCCUCAUGUCCCGGACGAGCUUUUCCCUUGACCAAGAUCCCCCCAUGACUCCUCAGACACCCGGAAUGGCGACCACAAGCUUUGGCGACCUUCCUCCCAGCGACCGGAGAAACUUUCUGCUGUUGUGCGUCCUGUACUUCCUCCAGGGUGUCCCCAUGGGCUUGGCUACUGGAUCGGUGCCGUUCCUCCUUAAACCCUACCUCUCCUACGGCCAAAUCGGCGUGUUCUCGCUAGCCUCAUAUCCUUAUUCCCUCAAGCUACUAUGGAGCCCAAUAGUGGAUGCCGUUUGGAGCCCCCGGUUCGGCCGGCGAAAGAGUUGGAUUACUCCCGUUCAGGUCAUUGCUGGCCUCGCCAUGAUUUAUCUUGGUGGACGCAUUGAAGAGAUGAUGAAGGCGGCGGGCGCCAAUGGCGGAGAAGGGGUCUGGAACUUUACAUAUUGGUGGUUUUUGCUGGUGCUGUUCUGCGCCACGCAGGACAUUGCCGUUGACGGAUGGGCUAUUACCCUCAUGUCUCCGCCGAAUAUUUCAUACGCGUCAACCGCGCAGACCGUCGGCCUGACAGCUGGCCACUUCUUGUCGUACACUGUGUUUCUUGCAUUCAAUUCCCAGGACUUUGCAAACCGCUAUUUCCGGACGACUCCCGGCGAGGGUGGUCUUUUGUCCCUGGGAGGCUAUCUCACCUUCUGGGGAUGGGCGUACCUUGUCGUGACCACCCUCCUCGCCUUCAUGAAGAAAGAAGAUAAGGUGUCAGAGCGAGACAGUAUCAUGGACGUGUACCGCAGCAUGUGGAAUGUGCUGAAGCUGAAGAAUAUCCAGACCAUCAUUCUAGUCCAUUUGAUUGCCAAAAUCGGAUUCCAGGCCAACGAUGGCGUCACCAGCUUGAAGCUUUUAGAUAAGGGAUUUGGCCAGGACAACAUGGCCCUGGUCGUCCUCAUUGACUUCCCCUUCGAAAUCGGUCUUGGCUACUAUGCCGGAAAGUGGUCAACCGAGUAUACCCCGAUGCGACUGUGGUGCUGGGCCUUUGUCGGACGCCUUGCCGCCGCAGUCCUGGCCCAGGCUACGGUCAUGAUCUUCCCAUCCGGUUCGGAUGUUCCAUUUUGGUAUCUCUUGACGGUAAUCGUCGAGCAUGUUGUUUCAACAUUUAUGAACACCGUCAUGUUUGUAGCAGUUUCUGCCUUCCACGCACGGAUUGCCGACCCAGUGAUUGGGGGCACGUACAUGACCAUGCUGGCAACCGUCUCGAACUUGGGAGGUACAUUCCCGCGGUACUUUAUCCUCAAACUCGUCGACCUAUUUACGGAGGCUACUUGUGUUCCACCUACCACCGUGCCUGCCCUUGACUCCUUAAAAGGGGAUCUCGUGACGGCCCCGUUCUCCUGUGCCCUCGAACCAGACAAGACCCGCUGCAUCAACGGCGGUGGAAGCUGCAAUGUCACGCGGGAUGGCUACUACAUGACAAACAUCUUAUGUGUUGCGAUUGGAACCAUCACCUUCUUCCUGUUCAUUAAACCUGCCGUUUUGAAACUGCAGAGUCUGCCACUACGGGCAUGGAGAUUAGCUCCUGGCAGUAGGGAUUAA